GUCCCCGUUUAUGUAUUUCAUAUUUAUUUUCCAGAUCCUUAUCCUUUGUCGGGUUACGUUUCCCGAUGCUUCCAUCCCUCUCUUCGUCCUGGAUAUUCUCGAUUUUGUUUUCUUUGUCUCAAACGAGAACGUCUCCUUCCUCCUUCCACAGAGCUCCGAACCCAUUUUGUCCGCAUCCCACCACCUCUCCGGCUGCAGACUCAAGCAAAGUUUCCGAUAUUUCCGGUGACGCAAGUUCCGAGGCGUCGAGCAUCCUCUCCGGUGGCCGGAACGCCUUGGUCGGCAUCGCCGGGAGAAGAAGGCGGACUAACGUUGUCUUCAUGUAUACGCUUUCACCUCCACCACGAACGACUCAUCUUAACGUCCGCCCCCUAUUUGCUUCGAUUUUUCGUUUGGUGUUGAGGGUUACCCAUUUGCCGGCGACCACUUCACCAUCAACCUCUCUCACAUCCAGCUUCGCCUACCUCCGGUGGGUUGAGCCGAUUUCCGCUUCCAUCUGUUGCCACCGGUUCGCCAUAAAUCUGUAUAAAUUCAUUCUUGAUGGUGAAUGGAGGCAUGAUGAGCACCAACCUUUUGUAACUGGUAAUUAUGGUGUUGUGAAUACCAUACUCUUAGCUAGGGAGCCAGUCUUCACACCUUUAGUCUUGACCCCACAUACCACUUCUGCUUCAACCAUGGAUGUGGACAAUGAGGGAAAUAUGGAGCAGGAUGUAACCCCAGAUAAGAACUCACAGCAGGGCUGUGGUGGAAGACAGUCGGAUCAAUUAUAUACCAAAGACAUUACCCCUGAUGAUAAACAAGAACUUGAUGAAUCUUUACGUAUAGAAAUUGAAGCUACUUUUCGUACGGAUGAAAUUAGAAGGACUCCACCAACUCGACAAGAUGAAAUGAGAGCUGGAAUGUGUUACUUCCACUUGAUGUUGAUAUGCAUAUUGCUUUUGUUUGCCCUUUAUCUGCAUCAUCUACAGGUAGAACUUCUGUCAUGGAUCAUAGUAUUAGAUGUCUGUAAAGAUGGUGGCAUUCUUAAGAGAGUAGUGAAUAAUGGAGAACACACAGGACAACCUGGCUAUAUGGAUGAGGUUAAAGUGAAGUAUGUAGUGAAGCUGACAGAUCGUGUUAUAAUUUCUGAAUCACCAAAAGAGCGUGUUGAGUUUUACUUGAAAGAUGUUCAUUUAUGUUCGACACUACCAAAAGCAAUUAACGCCAUGACAAGAGAAGAGAAAGUUGAUUUGACUGUUCAACCACAGUAUGCAUUUGGUGAAGAUGGGGUUAUAGUUACAUCAAUACCCAAUGGUUUCUCUCAAAUUCCACCAAAUUAUAUGCUUCAUGUUGCAUUAGAAUUGAUUGUCUUCUUUAGCCAUCCUAAAAAAAUGACAAACACACAACGCUUCUUUCAUGUUCGAGGUCCCAACAACGGAAGAAACCGUUUCUAA